AUGACCAGCUGUACGACGCCGGAGAAACACAGCUCUAUGCCAUGGAGCAGUAAACAUAUCUUCAAUGUUCGCAACUCUACCAAGCUCACAUUGGAAGUAUUUGCACAUCGCCAACUUCACGAUGAUCAGUACAUUGGUAUGGUCCAGGGUUGUAUUGAGGAAUUUUUGAGGUACCCUGGCUCCAUUCUUGAACAACUGAAGUACGUGAACCUCGAAGGCAAGACAGAGCUGCUCAGGGCGAGCUUGGAGUUCAAGCUUACUCCUAUUGUGGGCGCUGGAAGACCUGCUGGUGGAUCCCACCUUACCGAAACCGAUCGCAGCGCAGGUAUCUGGAAGGGGCCAAUAGCGAGUGAUGGCUAUUGGGGUGCUGUCGGGACACCAUUUCCUCCGGCAGUACAAAUAUCUCGCAUAGACCUGCACCAUCUACCGCGAAUCAGUUUGUUUUCGGCUCACGAUAGCUUCUAUGUCCAGGCUUCUGUAGAUGACCAUGGCCACAAGACCACCACUGCUGAGAAACCGCAUUCCUUACCAUGGACGAUGGAGUUAAAACUAAAUGUACAGCCGUCGUCCAUAAUUUCCCUCAAAGUCUUCGCAAAACGUUAUCUCCAUGGAGAUCAGUACAUCGGUAUGGUACAAGAAGGUGUCGAGACGCUUCUCGCUCAUUCCAGCACUAAAAUCUACCACCUCAUGUCUUUUGAUGGUCAUGGCAAGAAAUUUUUCCUUGAUGCUAGCAUGGAAUUCAAGAUCAAACCUCUUCAUAAUACAACGGAGCAUAGCACCACUCGGCACGGCGAAGGCCAGCUCACCCGGAUAAUCGACGACUCCAAGGACGCACCACAUAUGCCGGCAAUGGGAGGUCAUGAUCUAAGCGAACCAUUGAAAACGGCUGCUGAGCAGGUCGCCGGUGUUGUUGCCUCAGAAGUCCUUACUCCGCUCUUGGACAAGAUCAACAUUUUCAUUCAGCUUGCUGGCAAGUUUGCUGAGGCCCAUCCUUACACCAAAAUGGCGUUCAUGGUUCUCACUGCAGUAUAUCAGUUGGUGGAUGCACAAUUUGCCCGAGACCGAAAUAUUCGUCAACUCAUUACUAUCAUGCACGAAACCUACAGCCUUAUCUCUGGCGUAGAAGAACUGAAAAGGAUGGAAUCGCAAGCAAAGACCAUCAACUCCCUCGCUCGUCAGACGAUCGAGUGCUCGUACUUUAUUCGUGACUACAUGCAGAAUAGGAGUGGAUGGAAACAGAGCUUUUCAAACGCGUUAUCCGAUAUCGAUAAUAAAAUACAAACGUACGAAGCAACGUUCAAAGAACUAAGGAAUGCCAUACAACGGCAGGCCACGCUUAAUACGCAACUCUUUGUCCUUCGUGUUUAUGAUGUGUUGCUUGACCAUGCCGCGAAAGCAGACCUCGACGCCCUGCAUUAUGCUAUUGGCGCUUCGAUUGAAUCACAGAAGAUCGGAGAUGUGUCCUCACAGACCGAUAUCCUGGAGUCGAUAACUUCAUGGGUCAAUCAAGACGUUGGACAGCAGAUCUACCUCUUGCUAGGUCCAAAGGGGUCCGGAAAAUCCACUAUCGCAUAUACCAUUGCACGCCAAUUCGACGCAAUUGUGCGUCUCGGUUCGUCGUACUUCUUUUCGCGCGCUUUCCAGGACAAGCGAAACGCCACGAAUCUGUUUAGCACGAUUGCACGGGACCUUGCUGAUCAUGACCUUCAAUAUAUGAAGGCUCUCUGGGACACCGUGAAAGACAAACGUGCAUUACGUGAAACGAUCGACCCACUUACUCAGUUCGAUCGCUUUAUCCUUAGUCCUGCGAGUCAAAUGACAUACAUCGGCCCUGUGCUAGUGGUCAUCGACGGGUUGGAAUACAGUGGUGGCGAGUCGGAUCGUAAGGACCUCCUGACUGCGCUCGCAGUGAGAGGAGCAGAGCUCCCCCGUAAUUUCAAGUUACUGGUCACCUGCCGCCCAGAGCAGGACGUUUGCGCUGCUUUCAAAGGAAAAUCUCAUGUUAUACAGAAGUAUUUGAAACCUCGCGCCGACUCGCUCAUUAUUCCGCCAUCCACAUUGGGGCAAAACCAGAAAAGCAGGUCUAGGUCUCGCCCUCCCACCCCUCCUCUAUCUAUCCCUGAUUUUGCGCAAUACAACCUUUCACCUCUGGCUGACUCGUCGAUGACCGGCACAAGUGACUCUACUCCGAUAUCGGAUGUCUCGAGUUCAGACUCAGCAGUCUCCACUGUGUUUGACCCCUGGGAUGACGGCUGUGAUUCUACCGAGUCCCCUCCUUCCAGUACCAGAUCCGUUCAUGAGGAGCCACAGCCUUCAAAAAAGAAGGCUGUUGUACAAGUUACACGCAGGAGUGAAGAGUUCAUCACUGUAGAGCAGAUCUCCGCGACAGGCGGCCGUACCAUUAGAGGAACCAAUUUGAAGAAGCAGGAUAACUGGAUCGUCGAGCAGCAUGAUCAUUCUCAAAAUGGUCUGCUACUUAAAGAACUAGGCUUCGUCAUAUCAGCAGAGCCGACGAAUGGUUUGGCGCCAAUACUUGGAUCAUGCAGUAGUCGUCUCCCCAAACGACCUCGCCAGAAGCAGGUCCGAGCAAAGACUCUUGUCCGUCACUCCACGAGUGUGGAUGGGGCGGAGAUAUCGGGUUGGGAUGAUGAUCUCGCAUGUCGGUGA